CAGUGGCGCGAAGCCGCAGAGACGGGGCAGGGGUUUCUUUUGGCUUGCCGGGUUUCACCAAACCCUCCGCUUCCACUCGGCGGUGGCCGGAGCCGGGAAGCGCCCAUAGCAAGGGAAUUCUUCCCCGCCCCAGCCGUGCCCUUGCGCUCUGCUACAGCUCGCAGGGGUCAUCUCCGUUCCCGGGAGAGGUUAUGAAGCUUACUAAAGCCCAAUACGAAGAGGUGGUUCAGUUCCUGGCUCAGGUACCGCCCACCCGGCAGAGCCUGAGCAAACUAAAGGAAAAAUUCCCCAGUCAAUCGCAGUCCACUCUGCUGAGCAUCUUCUCCCAGGAGUACCAGAAAUUAAUCAAAAGAACACAUUCAAAACAUCAUACUCCAGAGGCAACUGAAGCUUACUAUCAAAGAUACCUGAAAGGUGUGUCUAAAAAUGCAGUUUCUCCUGUAUUAUUGGAACUGGCCAAUGAGGUGGAUUUUGCCCCAUCACUUAUGGCUCGAAUUGUGUUAGAAAGAUUUCUACAAGAACAAGAUGGAUCAAUACCUUCAAAAACUCUUAUAAACAGUCUGCUUCGGGAUCCUUCUCAGAUUCCAGAUGGAGUUUUAGCCAAUCAGGUCUAUCAGUGCAUUGUGAAUGAUUAUUGUUAUGGACCGUUGGUGGACUGCAUCAAACAUGCAAUUGGAUAUGAACAUGAAGUCUUACUGCAAGAAAUGCUUCUGGAGAGAAAUAUAUCAUUUUUAGCUGAAGAUCAGUUACGUGCAAAGGGUUAUGACAAAACACCAGAUUUCAUUUUAGAAGUGCCAAUUGCUGUAGAAGGUCAUAUCAUUCAUUGGAUUGAAAGCAAAGCCUCUUUUGGUGACGAAUGCAGCCAUAAAGCAUACUUAAAUGACCAGUUUUGGAGCUACUGGAACAGAUUUGGUCCCGGAUUAGUGAUCUAUUGGUAUGGAUUUAUCGAGGAACUAGACUGUCAUCGCAACCGGGGUAUCUUGCUCAAAGACUGUUUCCCUACUGAUAUUGCUGUCCUUUGAGGCAGCUAUGAGGCUCAGCCAUGAAGGUGGAAAAGGCAAAUCCGGAAGCAAUUUUAUUUUCCUGAAGUAUAAACUACUGGCAACAUCUGUCCUGAACUUCAUCUGAACUCUUACUGGCUGGGAUCGCCCUACCACCUCUUUAGACAAACACGUCAAGAGUCUCUGUUUUACUUCAACCCCCUGCUGAUGCAAGCAGCCAAAAAAAUACCGACACAGCCCAAACAUUAUCAGCAUUUCUGCCUCUGUCAAACAGUUUAUAGAUAGCUGUAAUCUUUCUUCCUUCCGGAUGGCUUUUCUUUGCACUUUCAACAAAAGAAGAAAUGUAGAGGUCAAAAGGUGUGGUUUUCAGUUUUCCUCCCUGUAGCAGAAUCACCUUAAAAACAGAAAAUGUCUUCAGUCCCAAAAUCUUUUCCCCAGUAAAUGUUAAAAAUCUUGCUAAUGCAGAGGUAAUUAAUGUCAAUCUCCAUUUUCCCAGGCUCAUUUUUGGGCCAAAACUGGGUAGAAAAACAAGUCACCCAUUGGUGCAUUAUUCUAAGCCUGAAUUUCUUGGCUUUUAGGGUAUUAGCAAGGCAGUUGACACUUCUAUAAUAAUUUUAAUUCCUAGUAUAUAGUGUUGAAACUGAAAACAAAAUACUGUAGAAAUGCUUUAUCUUUAAACAAAAAGUUUUGCAUAUCAUUUCUUGAAUUAAAACAUGGGCAUGUUUAUGGAUUGUAGAAGAUGUAAUGGACAUUUUAAUGCUGAUGUUUUAAAGCAAAAUAAAGUGGACCAUUGUUUGAGCCUUGGUCUUAUCC